ACACACACACACACGCACACACACACACAGGUCGACCCCAGGAAAAAUGCGCUGUGCGUCCACAGCCGGCGCAGCCCUGGUGCUGUGCGCUGCCACCGCCGGGCUGCUGAGCGCCCAGGACGGCCCCGCACAACCCGAAUCUCCUCGCUUCGCGUCCUGGGACGAGAUGAACUUGUUGGCGCACGGGCUGCUGCAGCUGGGCCACGGAUUGCGCGAACACGUGGAGCGCACCCGCGGGCAACUGGGCGAGUUGGAGAGGCGCCUGGGCGCCUGUGGAGCCACCUGCCAGGGGUCCGGAGCGUCCACCGCGCCCCCGCAAGUCUCUGAAAACCCGGUACCCAGCGACGAGCCAGCAACCGAGACCCUGCGCAACCUGCAGAUGCAAAUCAAGGCUCAGAACAACAAGAUCAAACAGUUGUUCCAGAAAGUGGCCCAGCAACAGCGACACUUGGAGAAGCAGCAAUUGAAAAUUCAAAAUCUACAGAACCAGGUUGGCCUCCUGGCACCUGGGCACUUACACAAGGGACUGGCUAAGUCUGCCAGAAAGAAGAGGCUGCCCAAAAUGGCCCAGGCUGUUGCGGCUGACCCGGCUUGGAACGCCAGCCGCCUGCGUGGGCUGCCCCGAGACUGCCAGGAACUGUUUGAGGAAGGGGAACGGCAGAGCGGGCUCUUCCAGAUCCAGCCACAGGGAUCCGCCCCAUUCCUGGUCAACUGCAAAAUGGAUUCAGACGGAGGUUGGACUAUGAUUCAAAGACGGCAGGAUGGUUCUGUGGACUUCAACCAGCCCUGGGAAGCUUACAAGGCCGGCUUUGGCGACCCCCAAGGCGAGUUCUGGCUGGGGCUGGAGAAGGUACACUGCAUCCUUGGGGACCGGGGCAGCCACCUGGCUGUGCAACUGCAAGACUGGGAGGGCAACUCCGAGUCGCUAGAGUUCUCUAUCCGACUGGGCGGCGAGGACACGGCCUACAGCCUGCGGCUCACGGCGCCCGUGGCCGGUGAGCUGGGUGUUGCCACCGCCGGCAUCCCAGAAAACUCCUCCCUGCCCUUCUCCACGUGGGACCAGGACCACGACCUCCGUGGAGACCUGAACUGUGCCAAGACCCUGUCUGGUGGCUGGUGGUUCGGAACCUGCGGUCACUCCAACCUCAACGGCCAAUACUUCCAUUCCGUUCCCCGGCAGCGGCAGCAACGUAAAAAGGGAAUCUUCUGGAAGACGUGGCGGGGCCGCUACUAUCCGCUCAAGGCUACCAUUAUGCUGAUCCGACCCAUGGGGGCUGCCGCAGCCUCCUAGCCUCGUCGCUGGGGCCUGGUCCCAGGCUCCUCGUGGGGACAUAGAUUUUUUGGCUGUGGCCCAGCAGGUGGCUGGCCACUCCGCGCGUAUGCCUUUCCUGGGGCAGGGACUCCCGGCAGGGGCCCUCUGCGGCCCUGUGGAUGGAGAAGCAGUGUACGCCCAAGGAGUUGGCAAGGAGGACUUGAAUACACCGCUCCUGGAGAAGAAUUGGGGGGCCGUGGGGUGAGAUGGCACGCCCAGGACUGUGGGCGUUAGGUCUCCGUGUUUGCCCAGGGACAAAGAGGGACCACUCAGAGAUGGCCUGACUGGCCACUGAUGGCGAACUCAGUCACACGGAACGGCUGGUGUGUGUGGUGGUGGUAGUGGAUGGGAACCGGGGUGCCUUCACAGUGUUUCCUCUGUGCGGGUGUUGUGGCGUGAGCUGGCGCCGACCGCAUCCAGGCGGAGUUC